UUGAAGUUGACAUCCCCAAGAUCGAUGUCUAUCACUAUGAAGUGGACAUCAAGCCGGACAAGUGCCCGCGCAGGGUCAACAGGGAGGUUGUGGAAUACAUGGUACAACACUUCAAGCCUCAGAUCUUUGGUGAUCGGAAGCCAGUGUAUGAUGGGAAAAAGAACAUUUACACAGUCACUGCCCUGCCCAUUGGAAAUGAAAGGGUUGAUUUUGAGGUGACAAUUCCAGGGGAAGGCAAGGACAGGAUAUUCAAGGUCUCCAUCAAGUGGAUGGCCAUUGUCAGCUGGCGGAUGCUGCACGAAGCCUUGGUGAGCGGACAGAUCCCUGUGCCUCUGGAGUCCGUCCAGGCCCUUGACGUUGCCAUGAGGCACCUUGCCUCCAUGAGGUAUACCCCUGUGGGUCGUUCUUUUUUCUCUCCCCCUGAAGGAUACUAUCACCCACUGGGAGGUGGAAGGGAAGUCUGGUUUGGAUUCCACCAGUCCGUCAGACCUGCCAUGUGGAAGAUGAUGCUGAACAUCGAUGUAUCGGCAACAGCAUUCUACAAGGCCCAGCCUGUGAUUGAGUUCAUGUGCGAGGUGCUGGAUAUCAGAAACAUUGAUGAGCAGCCGAAGCCCUUGACCGACUCCCAGAGAGUGCGCUUCACCAAGGAGAUCAAAGGUUUAAAAGUAGAAGUAACUCACUGUGGACAGAUGAAGAGGAAAUACCGAGUGUGUAAUGUUACUCGGCGGCCAGCUAGUCAUCAAACGUUCCCCCUGCAGUUGGAGAGCGGCCAGACUGUGGAGUGCACAGUAGCACAAUACUUCAAGCAGAAAUACAACCUGCAGCUCAAGUACCCCCACCUGCCGUGUCUUCAGGUUGGCCAGGAGCAGAAGCACACGUACUUACCUCUGGAGGUGUGUAACAUCGUGGCUGGCCAACGUUGCAUCAAGAAACUGACAGACAAUCAGACCUCCACCAUGAUAAAAGCAACCGCAAGGUCGGCCCCGGAUAGGCAAGAAGAAAUUAGCCGGCUGAUGAAGAAUGCCAGUUAUAACCUGGACCCAUACAUACAGGAGUUUGGCAUAAAGGUGAAGGAUGACAUGACCGAAGUGACGGGGAGAGUCCUUCCUGCUCCAAUCUUACAGUAUGGAGGUCGGAACCGGGCUAUCGCCACACCCAACCAGGGGGUCUGGGACAUGAGGGGAAAGCAGAACUUUACAGACCAGCUGCGCAAAAUCUCCAAGGAUGCAGGGAUGCCAAUCCAGGGCCAGCCUUGCUUCUGCAAAUAUGCGCAAGGUGCGGACAGCGUGGAGCCCAUGUUCCGGCACCUUAAGAACACAUAUUCUGGGCUUCAGCUCAUCAUAGUCAUCCUCCCAGGGAAGACGCCAGUGUAUGCGGAGGUGAAGCGUGUGGGUGAUACACUCCUGGGAAUGGCCACGCAGUGUGUGCAGGUCAAGAACGUAGUGAAGACUUCACCGCAGACACUCUCCAACCUUUGCCUCAAGAUCAAUGUCAAACUUGGAGGAAUCAACAACAUCCUGGUGCCCCAUCAGCGCUCUGCCGUCUUUCAGCAGCCAGUUAUAUUCCUUGGAGCAGAUGUAACCCAUCCACCAGCAGGAGAUGGGAAGAAGCCCUCCAUAACAGCCGUGGUGGGCAGCAUGGAUGCCCAUCCGAGCCGAUACUGUGCAACAGUGCGGGUGCAGCGGCCCCGCCAGGAGAUAAUAGAGGACUUGUCGUACAUGGUGAGAGAACUCCUCAUCCAGUUUUACAAAUCCACACGCUUCAAGCCCACCCGUAUCAUCUUUUAUCGGGACGGAGUGCCAGAGGGACAGCUUCCACAGAUUCUUCAUUAUGAACUCCUAGCCAUCCGCGACGCCUGCAUCAAACUGGAGAAAGAUUACCAGCCGGGCAUCACUUACAUUGUCGUUCAGAAACGGCAUCACACUCGCCUCUUCUGUGCAGAUAAAAAUGAGAGGAUUGGCAAAAGUGGGAACAUCCCAGCAGGAACAACAGUGGACACAAACAUCACUCAUCCCUUCGAAUUUGACUUCUAUCUUUGCAGUCAUGCUGGCAUUCAGGGUACAAGCAGACCUUCCCAUUACUAUGUCCUUUGGGACGACAACCGGUUUACAGCAGAUGAGCUUCAAAUCCUCACCUACCAGCUCUGCCACACUUAUGUCCGCUGCACCCGCUCUGUUUCCAUCCCAGCACCAGCAUAUUACGCCCGCUUGGUGGCAUUUCGGGCGCGAUACCACCUCGUAGACAAAGAGCAUGAUAGCGGAGAAGGCAGCCACAUAUCUGGCCAGAGCAACGGCCGAGACCCUCAGGCCCUUGCCAAGGCUGUGCAAGUUCACCAGGACACUUUACGUACCAUGUACUUUGCUUGAAAGCCUAACUUUUUUUACCUCACUCCAGAAAGCUUUCAGAUUUGUAGGAGCCAUACAAAAAAAAAAAAGGAAGCAUUGGGAGCACCUUGUGAGCAUCCAAUGAGAAAUCACUGCAGUGGUGUCGGAGGCAAAAAAGACCAGCAACCUCUGGGGCAAAUGCAGGAGAGCCACUUAAACCGGAUGGACACACCUUUGUAGUAUUACAAGACACUCUUUGUUUUUCAGGCUUUCCAAUUA